AUGCAAUUCGCUGUGCCUCCUAGAAAGGGCCCUAGCCCUCCGCCCUAUGCUCGCGCCUCACUCCUCACCUUCCACCGUCGCAAACAGCUCAAAGCGACCGCCAUUUUGACCUUGGCCCUUCUCGCCGUCUUCUUUCUCUUGUCGCAGCUCUUCCGUAACAGGGCCGGGAACUCAGCAGCUCCAAUUGGUACUUCGGGUGUCGUUAUCGUGACUCUCCUCGACCGAGCAUCGUACAGCGACUCUUAUCUACAGAAGAUCAUCAAGAACAGGGAAGACUACGCGGAGCGACAUGGCUAUACAAAUUUCUUCGCCAAUCUUUCCGACUACGACUCAUACAUAGGCAAUUCCCCCCGGAGCUGGGGUAUAGUCCCCGCAGUCCGCCAUGCAAUGGCGUCGCAUCCCUCCGCAACCUACUUCUUCCACCUUGACGCGCAUGCUCUAUUCAUGAACCCGAAUGAAUCACUCGAGGCUCGUCUCCUGAACAAGCACCGACUUGAAUCUUUAAUGCGCCGGGAUGUCCCCGUCGUGCCUCCAGACAGCAUUAUCAAGACAUUCUCUCACCUUCGCUCCGAGGACAUUGACCUGAUCGCCACGAAUGACGCAGAAGACCUGGCCACGGGCAGCUUUGUGAUUAGACAGGGGGACUUUGCUCGCUUCUUCCUCGAUACGUGGUUUGACCCUCUGUAUAGGAGUUAUAACUUUGCGAAGGCGGAGACUCACAGCUUGGAACAUAUCGUUCAAUGGCAUCCAACUGUUCUGGCUCGAUUAGCACUAGUGCCUCAGCGAGUUAUCAACUCCUAUAGCAAGGACUCCACUCACGCUGCGGUGGAUGGCACAUACAAGGAUGGGGACUUGAUCAUUCGAUUCUUCGAAUGCGACACUGAUCCCAAACGGAGUUGCGAGAAGGAGAUGGGUCCUUAUUAUAGUUUGUGGGCGAAGAAGCUGAAGAUCGAAUGA